CACUGCUGAGCUGAUAAGAUGGGGAUAAGACCUCAUAUGGGUAUCACGCAUAAUACCUAAUAGAAACAAUUUUAUAUACUUGUAAAACUUGUAAAGUAUACCUUCAAUUACUAGUUUAUGAAAUAAGAUUCGUCGUAGCUAAAAAAGCACAAAAAAGUAAAUAAAGAGGCAUGAUUUGAUUAAAAGAUUUCGAUAAAUUUGCGUAUGCAACAUCACUAGAUUGGAAAAAAAAAAAAAUAAAAGUGAUCAAGAUAUGAGUCUACCCACAGUAACGUUUUUAAGUCUAUGUAUUAAAAAUGCUACGCAAAAUAAGAAAGAAAUAUGUAAAAAAUUCUUCUCAUGUCAAUGUAGAUGUCCAAAAAUCGCAGUGAGUUAGUUAUAGCAUCAUGGUACAGCAAAGAUUAUCAGGAUUGGACGGUCGAGGAGGGAAACGCUUUGUAUUGACUCUCGCCAUAGGAACAGUUUUUGGUUUUUUGUCAGCAUGCCUCCUGAUCACAGCCACAAAAGACGUACCACACAUAUUCAAUUGGUUGCCUGGAAAUUCUAUACCAUCCAAAGAUCAUCAUUAUUCGGCUAUAGACUUACAAAUUGGACCGGAGACUGACAUCAAAUUUCAUGCAAAUGAUGAGGUUUUUCACAAAGGUGAGGAUAAGGUGGCACAAGAACUAACAAAGAAAGUCCGUGUUCUAUGUUGGAUAAUGACUGGACCGAAGAAUCACCAGACAAAAGCUAGGCAUGUUAAAACCACUUGGGGAAAACGAUGUAAUGUUCUCCUCUUUAUGAGUUCUGAGAAAGAUGACAGUUUGCCAACAGUUGUACUUCCAGUAAAAGAAGGCAGGGAUCACCUUUGGUCCAAAACUAAAGAAGCCUUUAAAUAUGCAUAUGAAAACUACAAGGAUGACAUUGAUUGGUUCAUGAAGGCUGAUGAUGACACGUACGUAGUAGUAGAAAACUUGAGGUAUAUGCUGUCGUCAUACAAUUCCAUGUCGCCGUUGUAUUUUGGAUGCAGAUUUAAACCAUUUGUCAAGCAAGGUUACAUGAGCGGUGGUGCAGGAUACGUGCUUAGUAGGGAAGGUCUUCGAAAAUUUAUUCAAGAAGGCUUACCAAACAAGAACAGUUGUCGUCCGGAUAAUGGUGGUGCAGAAGAUGUCGAGAUGGGAAAAUGUUUAGAAAAAGUCGGAGUGCGCGCUAUGGACACUCGUGAUCCACAUGGUCGUGGAAGAUUUUUCCCAUUUGUGCCAGAGCAACACCUCAUACCGAAUCAUCUUGAUAAAAACUUCUGGUAUUGGAAGUACAUUUAUUAUGACACCAAAGAUGGUUUAAAUUGCUGUUCUGAUAGUGCCAUAUCUUUUCACUAUGUUUCUCCUAAUAUGAUGUACGUGCUGGAGUAUUUAAUCUAUCAUCUAAGGCCAUAUGGAAUAUCACACAGCAUUGAAGAGAUGUCAUCUGGAAGACCAAGGCAUUUUAACAAUUACUAGUCUUGGCCAUUAAAAUACUGAUAACGUUGUCAAAUUGUUUUGGUAAAAUGCGCUUCACUGCUAUUCAUUCCUAUUAGGCAAGAUGUGUCUAGGAUAAUAAGAAUAAAUUUAAAUAAAGAACAUUUUGCCUAUUUAAGAUGUUCAUAUAGGGUGUUUUUUAAAAUAAUGAAAUACUCCUUUUUAUAUACAAGGAGUCAAAAAGGAAAAAAGGCUCAAUGUUUAAGAAUUGUAAUAUAAAACAAAACGUUUAUUCUCUGUCCCACUCUCUCGUAUUUUUCUUAAAGACACGUAUUAUUUUAAUAUCAGACCAACAUAAGAGGCCCACUGAAUUAUAUUCGAUAAAACUAAUUUCGCAUAUAUAUAUUUUGAAAUCUCAAACUCAAGCGAUAUCGCUAACCUGAAAUUGUAUGUGAUCCUAUUUCUCUGAUUGUCACAGGUUUGAAAGAAGACCAAAAUUUUAACAACAAAAUUAAAAAAUUGGCUCCGGUAAAGUUUUUAUUCGAAAAACCUAAUACUUCUUUUUUGUGUAUUUUUGUUGAAUAACCUAUAUAUAAUAGUCAGUAUAAUUUAAAUGCACUAUAAAAAUAUUACUCCACCUUUUUAAUUUGAUGGAAAAAGUUAGAAUAGUGCUAAAUUUUACUUGUGUAUUUAUUACCUCUUUUCUCGUGUUCGAAAUUGUUUUACGGAUUCUCAUAUGAUCACUUGCUCAUCGGUAGAAUAAGCUUAAAAAAGUUCAAGGAAAGCCAUGAAACGAGAAGUCAGAAUCAAAUUUGUGUAAAUAUUGUCUUUAAAGCAUUGCUAUGGGUAAUAUGGUUGAUAUUUAUUAGUAUCUUUCCCUUAAGUCUAUUGAUUGCUCAAACCACCAUAAAUAUACUUGGGGAGAAAACAAAACAUGCAAAAUAAACAAAGUGGCAAGAACUAAGCAGUUUUCGUUAUUUUUGUAGAAAAUCAGGGGUCAACUUGCAAACCAACGUUUCUAGAAACAUCAGCAACAUGAUUUAAAAUGCAAAGAAAUCAUAAUAUUAUUGAAACUUUUCUUUUACAAAAUUGGGAAAAAUAGAAUAAUAUUUUUCUGGCAAUAUGUUUAGCUUAUAUAAAUUAGUAUACUAUGAUGGAGCACGCUUGGAUUCUACGGACGGUAUACCCUGAACAAUCUUGAAUGUGCUUGUGCUGUAUUAGGCGAUUUGGAACUACCAUGAAGCUUCUGUCAGCAAGAGAAAAAGUCUUAAACAUCUAACAUUAUUAUGAUCAUGUUCGAUUUUUAAUAAUGCUUCAAACCCGUCCCAAUUUUUGUCUUGGCCAGAGGUCCUUAAUGGAGGGCCCCAAUCUUAGGGAAAACCGGGUGUAAUCGCUUAAAAUGGCCCCGUACCACCUAGAUUAAUCCCGGUAAACUUUCCGUGAAGUCCAACACAUUGAUUUUUAUAAAUAAAAAUUAAUAAUCAGCGUAUAAAUUGCCACCGAAUUAUGAAUACAAGACCAAAUUCAUGCGAAAAUGCUAGUCAAUUUCGAACGCUUAAUUUGUAUUUGUAUCAAGGAAUAAUUGUCCAAGGAUUAAUAAAGUUUGGCUAUGCUUUUGUACGUAUCAAA